UGCAGGCGCUCGGCUUUGGUGCCGGGCGGGAACGCGGCGGCCGCCCGCUUUGCGCGGUUCGUGCGGGUGCAAAUGGUGUUCGCCCAGGCGUCGAGCCGGACAUGGCGACCCUGAGCCUGAUCCCCACCCACCCCGCCUCCCUCGAGCCCGCCGCCUGCUCCGCCCUCCCCUCCUCCCCGCGCCUCCUUUGAUGGCUCGAACCUCGGCCGGCCACUGCCAGCUCCCCUUGCGCGCAGAAGACGCGAGCUGCAGCCGCUGCGGUCCGCGGGUAUUAAUAGCAAAGCGCCCAAGCACCAGCAGCAGCCCCGGCCCCGGCCCGGAGCCGCUGCGGCCCUCAGCAGCCCGGGAGCUCGGGAGCUGCUGAUCCGGGAGGCGGGGAGGGGAGCCAGAGCCUCCCGGGAGCCGCCGCCGUGGAGAUACCACAUAAGCCUCUUUAAUCAUGGGAGAAAUAGAGCAGAGGCCGACUCCAGGAUCACGACUUGGAGCCCCGGAGAAUUCGGGGAUCAGUACUUUGGAACAUGGACAGAAGCUGCCCCCAACACCUUCAGGAAAACUCAUGUCCAUCAAAAUCCAGAUGUUGGAUGAUACCCAGGAGGCAUUUGAAGUUCCACAAAGAGCUCCAGGGAAAGUGCUGCUGGAUGCCGUGUGCAACCACCUCAACCUCGUGGAAGGUGACUAUUUUGGCCUCGAGUUUCCUGACCACAAGAAGAUCACGGUGUGGCUGGAUCUCCUAAAACCUAUUGUGAAACAGAUUAGAAGGCCAAAGCAUGUUGUUAUUAAGUUCGUGGUGAAGUUCUUUCCACCUGACCACACACAACUCCAAGAAGAACUUACAAGGUACCUGUUUGCUCUGCAGGUGAAGCAGGACUUGGCUCAAGGCAGGCUGACGUGUAAUGACACCAGCGCUGCCCUCUUGAUCUCACACAUCGUGCAAUCCGAGAUUGGGGAUUUUGAUGAAGCAUUGGACAGAGAGCACUUAGCAAAAAAUAAGUACAUACCUCAGCAAGAUGCCCUGGAAGACAAAAUUGUGGAAUUUCACCAUAACCACAUUGGACAAACACCAGCAGAAUCAGAUUUCCAGCUCCUGGAGAUUGCCCGUCGGCUAGAGAUGUAUGGGAUCCGGUUGCACCCAGCCAAGGACAGGGAAGGUACUAAGAUCAACCUGGCCGUUGCCAACACAGGCAUCCUAGUGUUUCAGGGUUUCACUAAGAUCAAUGCCUUCAACUGGGCGAAGGUGCGGAAGCUGAGCUUCAAGAGAAAGCGCUUUCUCAUCAAGCUCCGCCCGGAUGCGAAUAGCUCGUACCAAGAUACUUUGGAAUUCCUAAUGGCAAGCCGGGAUUUCUGCAAGUCCUUCUGGAAAAUCUGUGUUGAACAUCAUGCCUUUUUUAGACUUUUUGAAGAGCCCAAACCAAAGCCAAAGCCUGUUCUCUUUAGUCGAGGGUCAUCAUUUCGGUUCAGUGGUCGGACACAGAAGCAGGUUCUCGACUAUGUUAAAGAAGGAGGACAUAAAAAAGUGCAGUUUGAAAGGAAACACAGCAAGAUUCAUUCCAUCAGGAGCCUUGCUACACAGCCUUCAGAACCGAAUUCAGAAGUGCCAAAACAAGCUCAGCAGAAUGCCAGCCUUACAUUUGGAGAAGGUGCCGAAUCACCGGGCAGCCGGAGCUGCCAGCAAGGAAAGGAACUGAAAGUUUCAGCUGAAGAUUCUGGGCCGCACCAAAGCCCUUCUCUGCAAAAGAGCCCACCGAGUAACAAGAAGGCAGAUGGAGCCAUCGUAGUUCCGAUGGAAGAAGAGGAGGAGGUCGUUAAGGAUAGGACCCAGCAGAGUAAACCUCAGCCCCAGCAGCCAAGCACAGGCUCCCUGACCGGUAGCCCUCACCUUUCGGAACUGUCCAUCAACUCGCAGGGAGGCGCGGCGCCCGUCAGCGUGACCCUGUCGCCCAGCCUGAGCCCCGACGCCAAGCAGGCCUCCCCGCUGGCCAGCCCGCUGCUGAGCGACCAGGCGUGCCCCAGGACGGACGACGACGAGGACGCCCGCAGAAAGAGAUUCCCAACUGACAAAGCAUACUUCAUUGCGAAAGAAGUCUCCACCACCGAGAGAACCUGUCUGAAGGAUCUUGAAGUCAUCACUUCGUGGUUUCAGAGCACAGUGAGCAAAGAGGACUGCAUGUCCGAAACACUGAAAAGUCUCAUAUUCCCGAAUUUUGAACCUUUGCACAAAUUUCAUACUAGUUUUCUCAAGGAAGUUGAGCAACGACUUGCCCUGUGGGAAGGCCGCUCAAAUGCCCACAUCAGAGGAGAUUACCAAAGAAUCGGCGAUGUCAUGCUGAAGAACAUCCAGAGCCUGAAGCAACUGACAGUUCACCUGUGGAAGCACAAUGAGGCCUUGGAAGGGCUGGAGAAUGGGAUCAAGAGCUCCUGGCGGCUGGAGAACUUGUGUCGAGACUUCGAGCUGCAGAAGGUGUGCUACCUGCCGCUCAACACCUUCCUCCUGCGGCCGCUGCACCGGCUCGUGCACUACAAGCAGAUCCUGGAGCGGCUGUGCAAGCACCACCCGCCAAGCCACACUGACUUCAGGGACUGCCGAGCUGCUUUGGCAGAGAUUACUGAAAUGGUGGCCCAGCUUCAUGGCACGAUGAUCAAGAUGGAGAAUUUCCAGAAGCUGCACGAACUCAAGAAAGAUUUGAUUGGCAUUGACAAUCUUGUGAUUCCAGGAAGGGAGUUCAUUCGCCUGGGAAGCCUCAGCAAGCUCUCCGGGAAGGGGCUGCAGCAGCGCAUGUUUUUCCUGUUCAACGACGUCUUGCUGUACACCAGCAGAGGGCUGACAGCCUCCAACCAGUUCAAAGUCCAUGGGCAGCUGCCCCUCCACGGAAUGACUAUAGAGGAGAGCGAAGACGAGUGGGGCGUGCCACACUGCCUCACGCUCCGGGGCCAGCGGCAGUCCAUCGUCGUGGCUGCCAGUUCUCGGUCGGAGAUGGAAAAGUGGACUGAGGACAUACAGAUGGCGAUUGAUUUGGCAGAAAAAAGCAGUGGCCCCACCCCAGAGUUACUGGCUAGCAGCCCCCCUGACAAUAAGUCCCCGGAUGAAGCCGCAGCCGCCGACCAGGAGUCCGAGGACGACCUCAGUGCCUCGCGCACCUCGCUGGAGCGCCAGGCUCCUCACCGCGGCAACACCAUGGUGCACGUGUGCUGGCACCGCAACACGAGCGUCUCAAUGGUGGACUUCAGCAUUGCCGUGGAGAAUCAGUUGUCUGGGAACCUGCUGAGGAAGUUCAAAAACAGUAACGGCUGGCAGAAGCUGUGGGUGGUGUUCACCAACUUCUGCCUGUUCUUCUACAAAUCACACCAGGACAAUCAUCCCCUCGCCAGCCUGCCUCUGCUAGGAUAUUCACUCACCAUUCCCUCAGAAUCCGAGAACAUCCACAAAGACUACGUGUUCAAGUUGCAUUUCAAGUCCCAUGUGUACUACUUCAGGGCUGAAAGUGAAUACACAUUUGAAAGGUGGAUGGAGGUUAUCCGAAGUGCUACCAGCUCCGUCUCCCGUACCCACAUUUUAAGUCACAAAGAGUCUCACGUGUAUUGACAGCUGGACACACCUGGUUUUCUCAGUGGCUGCUUUUCUGGAGGACAUUUACUUUCUUCUGUAUUAAUGAAGCCUAGUAAAAUUAACACCUGCCUGAAAAACAAAAACAAGGUUCUACAGCAAUUCUCAUCUGUCUCUGCAGCACCACUUUUAACCUUGUCUUUCAGCUGUUCCUUUCUCAUCCUAAUGGAACAGUGUUCCCACCUCUGAUCCGGUGAGGCGUGUUUGUCAUUCUCUUGGUGGGCUCUUUUUUAGCUUGUGCCAGUAUUAAUAUAGUGCCAAAUGACAACUUUUCCUCCACAACUGCACCUUAAUAGCAGUACCGACACAUCCGUUCAACAAAAAGACAGGGCAAUUGCUCUUCUUUUUCUUAAAAAAAAGGUAAUUUCAUUAUUUUGAUCUAUAGGCUGUUGCAUUUUUAAAAUGGAAUAUACAUUUCCAGGGUUUGCGAUACACAUGACUUAGUCUUAAGCAAAUGAGAUCACUUUCAGAUUUCGUUUUUUUUUUUCAACCUUUCUACUUUUAUAAUAGAAAAUUAGUAGGACUUCUUUGAUUAAUAAGCAAUUUGCAGCACACAACGUUCCACUUUGGGGGUUUCACUCUCCAACAAGACACUUCUUAUCAGAUCUACUUCUUGGCUCAAGUUGACCAAACUGUAAGUGAUUACUAUUUACAAAAUGUAGUGAGUUGUUUUUUGUUAAAGAGAAGCAGAAAUCCAGUGCAAUAUCUGGGCUAUCACUGUACUGUGGGUGGUGUAUACAACGGGAAGACACUAAGCUGUGAUGUUUUGCUAUUUUGUUUCAAAGCAUGAAAAAUCUGUAUGUCAUUCAUCAGGGUCAUCUGUGCUAUGUUACGUUGUUACGUUAUGGAGAGUUUUUGUGAGUGUCUGUGGAUGCAAAAAUACUAUAAAGUAAUGGUACGUAGUUCCCCAGGCACCUGUUACCAUAUCUAUAUCCUACAGCAACUGUGGUUGGAAACCGCACAUUCUAUAGUAGUAUAUAUUGUGCCUGUCUUCAGAAGUCAGCAUUCUCUCCUCUUUUUAUACUCAUUCCGCCCCUCCCCCAGGCCCAGGGUGUGGACAGUGUCACAUUGCUCACCCCUGACAGUCAGACCACACAGGGAACGCGGUUCCCAGCAACUGCUUGGGCCCACUAGACGCAAAGCUUUUGCCUCUUCUUGAUGGUUGGUGAUAGGGGUGACUGCUAUUCCCCCACUAUGAAGGUCCUUCCUAAUGCGACACAAACAAUCCAGAGGCAGCAGCCAGUUCAACAUAGUUCUCUUCCAGCACCCUACACUACAACCGGGAAAGCCUGCCUAAGUUAAGAAACACAAAGGAACACACAACCUUGUGGAACGGACUGGUAUACGUGGAAACGGUGAUUUAUAAAUGGAUCAGUAGCUUGAGACGUGUUAAUCAUUUGCCUUACAAUAUGUACCAGAUGGUUUUUAAGUACUAACAAAAGGGAAUAAAAAUACCUCACGCCACAAUCCAGCAUAUUGAAGGUUCAAGGCAAAACAAC